GCUCCUUUCCAGAGGGGGGCAGAAUAUGUCCUAUUCCCCGUGAUGAGCAUUACAUGAUGCAGCAGAAGAAGAAGAGUUGAUGCUUUACAGAACUCAGAUUUGCGAUGAGUUUUGAGUGGCCCUGGCAGUAUAAUUUCCCCCCGUUUUUCACACUACAGCCCAAUGUUGACACUCGACAGAAGCAGCUGGCGGCUUGGUGCUCGCUCGCGCUGUCCUACUGUAGACACCGAAAGCUGUACACGCUGGAUGUACUCGAGGCCCAGGAGAGCCCGCUAUUCAACAACAAGAAAAUCGAAAGAAAGCUGUCAGUGGAGGCAAUCCAAGUUAUCUUUGAAGAACUGAGGAAAAAAGGGAACCUAGAAUGGUCGGACAAAAGCAAAAGCCGCUGCCUGAUCAUGUGGCGAUCGCCAGAGGAGUGGGGCAAGCUCAUCUACCAAUGGGUCUCUAAAAACGGCAUGGUGAACUCUGUGUUUACUCUCUACGAGCUUGCAAAUGGCGAUGACACAGAGAGCGAAGAAUUCCACGGGCUGGAGGAGGGGAUGCUCCUGCGUUCGCUGCAAGCGCUUCAAACGGACGGCAAGGCCGAGAUCAUCACCAUGGACGACGGGAAGGGUGUGAAGUUCUUUUGAGGCGCUAAGCGAUGUGAAGCAAGGCGGAGCGCUAAGGGGGGGAAGGCUGGGGGGGUGAGAGGGUGACCUCACCCUGAUAGGAUGGCUUGGAUGGCCCAGUGGCAUCUUGGCCUUUAGAUUUUUGUUUAUGUUUUCUUUGUUUGUUGUUGUUUUGGUGAGGUGGGGGUAAAGGCACGACCCAACACUCUACAGCUACUCCAGAUAAAGACUGUCGGUUCACGCUCCUCCUGACUCAGAAUCAAAACUGUUCAAAAGUUUCAAAUGUCUUAUUUUUGUUCUUCAGGAAUUAAUUUUGUGGUUUGUAUGGCUGAGACACAGGUAUAUGAGGAUGUGCCUGGACAGAAAGUGACAUUAUCUGACCCAGGAAGUGAAAUAUAUCAAUAAUGCGGUUCAGUAUGCACAUCAUGUGCUGAUAUGCAUUUGUUUGCUCAUCAGUUUAGGCAAGAGGAUUUCUCUUGUUUGUCGUUUACCUCUUGAUGAAGAGAAAAGAAGAGAAAAGAAAAAAACCUUGAAUGACCCCCCAUCCCCCGUUGCCUUUUCCGCUGUUUUGUACAUCUGUGCAGCCCUCUCCUCUCCUGCCACUGCUGUAGUUGGACAGACGGGCAACAGCUCACAUACAAUAGUAGCUCUGAUAGCUCCUCUCUGUAUGACUGUACAUCCCAAAGACAGCAACAGCAGACGCAGCACGAGAGCAGGCUGACAUGUAGUUCUGUGGGAGAUCUGGUGAGCUGAAGACACUCAAACGACACACACGCUCUCACUCUUUUUUCCCCCCGUCUUCAUCGCUAUCUCCCUUUCUCAUUCUCUCUCUCUCUCUCUGUCUUAGUCUCGGACUUUCUGGGAAACACACAUACACACACACAUACACACAAAGUAUGCUAGAACCUCCUGGUAGCAUCUUGUACCUCUGUCUAUACCUGUCUUUACCUUUUUUACCCAUGGAAUACUGUACAAAUAAAGAGGCGCUAUCUCUGGUCAUCUUUGUAAAAUCCAA